GCUUUGCAGAGAAACAUAGGGGGACCUCUCUCUUGUUUCCUUUCUCUCUUUCUUGUUGUUUUUAACCCAGCGUUUCUUAGGAAAAACAGGCACCAGUUUUUCCUCAACCUAAUAUCGGAUUUAAACCCCAGCGCAGUUUCAUUAUGCCACUUGUUUGCAGAAUAAACUGCUUUUAUUGCCAUUUUUCUCUCGAAUACCCUCGUCUUUUUGUCAUCCACGGUGAACUAAACCCAGGUCUGACCCAGUUUUAGUGUUUUAGCCUUCACAGCAUCCCAUGUGUUAGUGCGAGCCGUCAGUGGAAAUGUUUUCGGCUGGAGAGGAGGUUAAUUCCCAUUUGUUUACCUCACUGAAGGAGUCCCCCGGAGCUGCAAUCUCCCCAACACUGGAGCUCAGUCUAACUACCAUCUACACUGUCCUCUACUCUUUCCUGUUUGUUUUCGUUUACCUGCAGCUCUGGCUUAUUUUGCACUACGGACACAAGCGCUUCAGCUACCAGAGUGUGUUUUUGUUUCUGUGUCUGCUGUGGGCAGCGCUGAGGACGACCCUCUUCUCUUUCUACUUUAAAAAUGUGGUGCAGGCCAACCAGCUGCAGCCUCUGGCCUACUGGCUGCUCUACUGCUGCCCCGUCUGCCUGCAGUUCUUCACACUCUGCCUGCUCAACCUCUACUUUACACAGGUGAUGUUUAAGGCGAAAGCUAAGUAUUCCCCAGAACUCACCAAGUACAAGGUUCCUCUGCGUUUGUUCUUCCUGUGUCUCAGUAUAUUUUUCCUGGUGGUGAAUGUAACGUGUGCGUUGUUAGUGCAAGGAGCUCUGGAGCGCUCCGAGUCCCCGAGUGACGGGGGUAUCAGACAUGCGGUCUUGGCCCGCGUCCUGAUCAACGACAGCCUGUUUGUCCUGUGUGCCGUCUCUCUGGCUGUCUGCAUCUUCAAGAUUGCCAAGAUGUCUUCUGCUAACGUUUACCUUGAAUCCAAGGGCACAUCAGUGUGCCAGGCCACCGCCAUAGGAGCCGUGGUGAUUCUGCUCUACACAUCCAGAGCCUGCUACAACCUGGUGGUGGUGGCUCUGUCCCCACAGGACAGACCCAGUCCCUUUAAUUACGGCUGGUACAGUGUUUCUGAUCAGGCCGACGUGCAGGAGAUCAGCGGUGAAGCCUACAUCGUGUUCGGGAUCAUUCUGUUCUUCUGGGAGCUGCUACCCACCAGCUUAGUGGUGGUUUUCUUUAGAGUCCAGAGACCCAACCAAAACCUGCCUCCGGGAGGGAUGAUCAACAGCCACAGUUUCAGCUCCAGAGCUUAUUUCUUUGACAACCCUCGACGGUACGACAGCGACGACGACCUGUCCAGGAGCAUUAACAGCCGGGCUGAUCGGGCCAGCCUCCUCUCCACCACUCCCCAGCUGGGUGCCUCGAGCUGGUACGGCUCCAUCCAACGCAACGGGGCCCUGACGGCGGGCGUUGCUUCCGCCCAGCAACCGCCGCCAUCUUCCACCGCGCCCGUGCUCUUCGCCUACGGAAACGUCCAAAGUCACCACCACCACCACAACUACUAUUCCACCCCACAGAACAACAACUACCACCACCAUCACCACAGCAACUACUAUUCCACGCCACAGAAUUAUUACUGCGGCUCGCAAACAUAUUUCUGCACCCCGCAGAAUUAAUCAGAUGAAAAAGACUAUCCAGCGUUAGCAUCAUCAUUUUACUUCCUCAGUUACAUCCAAGCAGGUGCUUUAGAAAGCUAAUCUGAAAGUUUUCCAAGGACCAGGUUGGGCAUAACUAUUGGUUUACCAAUUAUUAUGGAGAAAUGUGGUAGAAUCAGUAAUGGGGGAAGUUCUGCCAUGACUAACUGCUUUUUGAGGAGGUCUCUAAAUGGCACGGACAGACCUGAAUGAAAGCUGUAGUGCAGUCCGGAUACGGCUAACACACCUAAAACUUCAAAACCAAACCUUUUCUGUUAAAUGUUAAAAGAGGAAUCAUCAGGGACCAGAGAACCAUCAUGCUUUCUUACUUUCUAUGUAAAUUUAAUUCAGUUGUGCUUCUGUGGAAGGUACAGAGGAGGAGCCGUGUAGCAGCUUAUCGAGCUAACGUGGCUAAAGCCAGAGCUGCUACAGUCACUCAGCAUCCGAACAAAAAGAGACCCAACAAAACCGAAAUACAGAAAGCCACUGGAGCUUUACCCAUCACCGACCUUUGUAGUGUCAUCUCAUCGGUAGCAAAUUCUUAUGUUUACAAACUGUGAUUGUUCAUUUUGGUGCCACACAAAUAGAUUGUUGUACAAAACGCUGUUAGCAAGCUCCAGACUUCAGACUCUUGUAUAGUUCGACGUGUAAAAUAAGCCUUUUUUUUGCAGUUUUCACAACUGACAAUAUCAAAAUACGAACCCAGGCUGCUUUACCCACAAUUAUACAAUGGAAGCUAUGUGAAAACCUGAGACUGGACUGUCCAGAUUCUGUCACAGUACAAAUACAUUACAGGGCCGCAGCAUUAUCAGUAUGUAGAGAUUUAACAUUAGUGUAAAAUCAGCCCUGGACCAGUUUGCUAACAGGGUGGAAGAGUUUCUGAAACAUUUCUGACCAAAAAAAAAAAAAACCCUCAUCUGAUCCUCGUGUGAGAAAACAAUUUGCACUUAGAAGAAGUUAAGCUUCAGAGAAAAAAAAAAAGGCUUUGGGGCCUGAAUGUAGGAUUUCAUCUCUUUAUUUUAUGUUUCCUUCAACAGUCGUCUGUAUUCUGUAUGUUACUAUUUAUCCUUUGAGAAAGGAAAUAACGACGUGCCAUCACUUUUUGUCAUAUCUGAGAGUUUCAUUCGUUAAGGAAAAUAUUUUUGCACAGGAUGAUUGUGUGUUUUUAAAUCGUUUGUGCGUCUCCAAGCUAAUCGAUUUCUGAUCCGUGUGAGUCCAAGUGGUAUUUUGAUUCAAUGUAUGUGUGUGAUCUUAGAUUUUUGUUUUUGAGGUUUAGUAAGCUUUUAUACUUUUUUUAAUUAUUAUUUUACAUUGAUUUUUACUUGUCUAACAGAUUUUAUAGUUUAUUUUUUUCCACUUUCCCUCUGUCGUUCUUCAUAAUCUCACAUAUUUUCUGAGUCUCAUGACAGACGGCAGUCUGUGAGGAAUAUUUACUUUGUCUAUGACCCAGUUCUCAGACCAGAAUCUGUGCGUCUGAGGGGGAAACAGUGGUACUCGUGUGUUUUUGAACGCCGCAGGACUCCAACAGACUUCCGGCUGUCAUGAAACUCAAUCUGUAAAUGACCAUGUAAAGUUCAUACAAGAAAACAAAACAAAAAAAGAAAAGCAACACUGCUGCUGGGUUUAACUUCAGCUGCCUGGUUCUGUUGACCGCUGUUCGUGCUUUAAACUAAAGCAUCUCAUGUAUCUACAAGUUUCACAGGUCGCUUUUAAAUCCAAUGGUAGAACGUGAACUUCCAACUGUUGGAUCCAGUUAUUUCUGAACAAACACCUUCAGUGCAUGCUUUAGCAUCAGAGUGCAACAACUCAGUGUCAUAUUUUCUUUCCCAGGUGAUAUUAUUUGUGUGGAAAUGGUAUUUGCUCUAUCUGCUAUAAAAAAAAAAAGAAAAAAGGCAGUGAUAAUUGUUUUAUGUUCUGGAUAGUUUUAUCCGU